AGCGCCGGCUGCCUCCGUGGCCCGCACGGCCGUCCGGACGCACGAGCGGCGCGCAGCUGCUCCGGCGAUGCGUUGUAUAAACACAACAGGUGAAGAGUGGUAAAAAGGAACACUGAUUACUAAAGUGGCCUGGAGAGGGAAAGCACUGGUCAAUAUCACGUGGAUGAACCCUCACUGUCUUCCAAAGAUGCUGUUGAAUUAGUCUUUGCCUGCCUUCCUUCACUUAGCCAAAGCUAUUCAUAACAUGGGCUGCAUGAAAUCAAAGCAAACUUUCCCAUUUCCUACCACAUUAGAGACUGAGAAGCGGCAUGAGAGUGAAGAGAACUUUACACCAGACGAGAGACUUCUACCCCGGAUGUCUUCUCUGGUUAAUGUCAAAGAGGAAGUGAAAGAACCCCCAGAGACCAAUAUUGUGAUCUUUGAAUAUGCACACCACCUGUCCCAGAAAAUCGUGCAUGAAGCCUUGCAGCAGUGGGCAUGCAAUAACAUUAAGUACUAUGACAUCCCAUACAUUGAGAGUGAGGGGCCUUGAU